AGCGAAGUUCCCCCCCCCGAACAUCGGGACGGCCGAUUACGCCAUUCUAGCUCUCCAGACGGGAAUGGGUCUCGACGCGCCGACAAGCAAUCAGCGUCUGCCAAUUUUCGGAGCAUCGUCUGGUCUGCUUGAGUCCUGAGAGAGGGUUGGUCAACUCGAUCCUCCGUGCCGCUCCGAUUUGGAUUUCUCAUCACUUGGGGUCCUCUCUCCUACGUCCAUGAACUCCUUCGUCCUCCCUCUCUUCCGGUCGCGCAUCACGACCAGCAGCAGCACCGCCAGAAGAGCUUUCCACUCCUCCACCAUGUCCCUCAGCAGCAAGAUCAAGCCCGCGGCCCGAGUUGCCGGCCGGCGACAGGAUGUCUGGUCCAUCAUCAACGAGGCUGCCGCCGCCUCGCCUAAGCAGCCCAUCGUGAACAUGGGCCAGGGUUUCUUUGGCUACAACCCACCCGACUUCAUUCUCAACGCCGCCAAGCAGGCGCUGGACCGUGUCGAGUGCAACCAGUACAGCCCUACCAAGGGCCGCCCGAGGUUGAGGAAGGCCAUUGCAGACGCCUACUCGCCGCACUGGGGCCGCAAGCUGGACCCGGAGACUGAGGUCACCAUUACCACUGGCGCAAACGAGGGCAUGCUCAGCGCCUUCAUGGCUUUCAUCGAGCCCGGCGACGAGGUCAUUGUCUUUGAGCCCUUUUUCGACCAGUACAUCAGCAACAUCGAGAUGCCCGGCGGCAAGAUCACCUACGUUCCCCUGCAUCCUCCCACGGAUGGUGCCACGACGACGUCGUCCGCCGCUAACUGGACCAUCGACUUUGAGGAGCUCGAGCGUGCCAUCACGCCCAAGACCAAGAUGAUCGUCCUCAACACACCGCACAACCCCGUCGGCAAGGUUUUCUCAAAGGAAGAGCUCCAGAAGAUCGGCGACCUGUGCGUCAAGAACGAGAUCAUCAUUCUGUCCGACGAGGUCUACGACCGCCUGUACUACGUCCCCUUCACGAGGAUCGCCACCCUGUCCCCCGAGAUUGAGCGCCUGACCAUCACCGUCGGCUCCGCGGGCAAGAACUUUUACGCCACGGGGUGGCGUGUCGGCUGGCUCAUGGGCCCCGCCGAGCUCAUCCAGCACGUCUCGGCCGCCCACACGCGCAUCUGCUACUCUUCCGUGUCGCCUCUGCAAGAGGCAUGCGCUGUCGGGUUCGAGCAAGCCGAGAAGGAGGGCUUCUGGGACGAGACGAUCAAGGACAUGAAGGGCAAGAUGGACCGGUUCAACGAGGUCUGGGGAGAGCUCGUCAUGCCCUACUCGGAGCCCGAGGGCGGCUACUUCGUCCUCGUCAAUAUGGCCAAGGUCAAGCUGCCCGAGGACUACCCCUUCCCGCCCCACGUCGCCAGCCGCCCGCGCGACUUCAAGCUCGCUUGGUUCCUCAUCCAAGAGGUCGGCGUCGCCGCCAUUCCGCCCACCGAGUUUUACACCGACCCCAACGCCCACAUCGCCGAGGACUACAUCCGCUUCGCCGUCUGCAAGGAGGACGAGGUGCUCGAGACCGCCAAGGAGCGUCUCCGCGGGCUGAAGAAGUACAUCCAGGAAUGAACAUAGAGAUGCUCUGACACCUUUGAAUAGUGUGUAUGAGGCGAGCUUAGAUCAAGAGAGCUGGCGACAUGUAUCAAGCAAUGGCCUGAAUCAUCUUGAUUCAAAAUUAAAAUAAAAAAAGAGUGAAUAGACAAAACCAGGAGCUACAGACAUACUGAACUCGCGCUUCUUUGAC